AUGAACCCAGCGGAAUUUACCGACAAGACCAACGAAUACCUGCGCAACGCCCACGACCUGGCAGAAGAGCUCGGCCACGCGCAGCUCACGCCGUUGCACGUGGCCCACGCCCUCUUCGACGACAAGAACGGCACGGCCAAACGUGUGGCGGACUUGGUCCACGGCAACGUAACUGGGUUUCAACAGGACGUGAUGCUGCAGCUCAAGAAGCUGCCGACCCAGACACCAGCGCCGGAUUCCAUUGGCGCGGACUCGGCGCUCAUGAAGCUGUUCAAGUACGCGCACAAGAUGCGCAAGGACAUGAAGGACUCGCACUUGGCGGCGGACCAUCUCGUGAUGGCGCUGUAUAACAAUUCGCAGGUCGCAGGACUACUCAAGAGCCACCAGAUGGACGAGAACCAAGUGAAGGACGCAGUGCAAAAGAUGCGAGGCGGACGGCCCGUUACCAAUGCUGCAGCCGAGGAGAACUAUGACGCGCUCAAUAAAUACGGCCAGGACCUGGUCAAGCUGGCUGAAGCAGGCAAGAUCGACCCGGUGAUUGGAAGGGAUGAGGAGAUCCGACGCGUGAUCCGCAUCUUGUCGCGGCGAACCAAGAACAAUCCUGUGCUGAUUGGCGAGCCUGGAGUGGGGAAAACAGCGAUCGUCGAGGGGCUAGCACGUCGGAUCGUCGUGGGAGACGUGCCCGAGUCGCUGAACUGCAGACUUAUUAGCCUUGAUAUGGGUGCCCUAAUUGCCGGUGCCAAGUACCGCGGUGAGUUCGAAGAGCGUCUGAAAGCCGUGCUGAAGGAGGUGAAGGACAGUGAUGGCAAGAUUAUCCUGUUCAUCGACGAGAUGCAUCUAAUCCUUGGGGCAGGUCAGACGUCUGGUGCAAUGGACGCUGCCAAUCUAUUGAAGCCUAUGCUCGCGCGAGGCGAGUUGCGGUGUAUUGGUGCUACGACUUUGGACGAGUACCGCGAGCAUGUGGAGAAGGACAAGGCGUUUGAACGGCGGUUCCAGCAGGUGAUGGUGAAUGAGCCGUCUGUCACGGACACGGUGAGCAUUCUACGAGGCGUGAAGGAGCGAUACGAAGCGCACCACGGUGUCCAGAUCAUGGAUGCGGCUCUUGUUGCUGCUGCUAAGCUCGCCGACCGCUACAUCAAGGAACGAUUCAUGCCGGAUAAAGCGAUCGAUAUCGUUGAUGAAGCGUGCGCGAACGUCCGUGUCCAGCUGGACAGUCAGCCCGAAGUCAUUGAUGAAUUGGAGCGCAGACAGCUGCAGUUGCAAGUCGAAGCCACUGCUCUUGAGAAGGAGAAGGACGAGAUGAGCAAGCAGCGCCUGAAAAAGGUGCAGGAAGAGUUGAACAAGAUCCAGGACGAGCUCAGUCCCUUGAUCCUGCGUCACGAGGCGGAAAAGACCCGAGUGAACGAAAUCCGGCAGCUCCGCGACAAGCUACAGAGCUUGCAGCUGAAGGCGGAGCAGGCGGAGCGCAACCAAGACCUGCAGACUGCUUCUGACCUGCAGUAUUACGCUAUCCCCGACGUGAAGCGCCGUAUUGCAGCAGCAGAGGAGGCAAAGAUUCGUGAAGACGAAGACGAGACUCAGCACAAAAUAGUCGAAGAAGUUGUGCGUGACGACCAGAUUUGUGAAGUGGUUGCUCGCUGGACGGGCAUCCCGGUGUCCCGCCUGACGUCAAGUAUGGGCGACCGUCUAAUGCACCUGGAAGAGCGCAUCCACGAGCGUGUGGUAGGACAGGAGGAGGCAGUAAAGGCCGUGUGUGAUGCAGUGCUGCGUUCGAGGGCAGGCCUUGCACGCUCGGGACAGCCGACCGGCAGCUUUCUCUUCCUCGGUCCUACCGGUGUUGGUAAGACGGAACUUGCGAAGGCACUGGCGAACGAACUCUUUGAUGACGACAAGCACAUGGUGCGUAUUGACAUGAGCGAGUACAUGGAGGAGCACACAGUCUCGAGACUGAUCGGUUCUCCACCCGGAUACGUCGGCUUUAGUGAAGGAGGUCAGCUCACGGAGGCAGUGCGGCGUAACCCGUACAACGUGGUCCUGAUGGACGAGAUCGAGAAGGCCCACCCGAAGGUGCUCAACAUUCUGCUCCAGGUACUGGAUGAUGGUCGGCUGACGGACACGCACGGACGCACGGUCGAUUUCGCGAACACAGUGAUCAUCAUGACGUCGAACAUUGGCGCCGAGCACCUGCUGUUCGAAACGGAGCUGUCGCCACGUGCAAACAAGAAGUUCAAGACAGACGGCGACUUUGUCGAUGCUGAAAGUCACCGGAAGCACGAGUUUGCAAAGCAGCGCAAGUUGGUGCUCCAGCAAUUGCGAAACACCAUUCGACCGGAGCUGCUGAACCGUCUGGACGACAUUGUUGUGUUUGAGCCGCUAGGCCGGAAAGAGCUGCGUCGUAUUGUGCUGCUGCAGUUCGAUUCGGUCAUCAGUCGGCUGAAGGAAGCCCAGAUUGCCGUGAACGUGACGACGGCUGCGCUCGAUGUGAUUCUGGACGAGUCAUACGAGCCGCAAUACGGUGCGCGCCCCAUCAAGCGAUACAUUGAGAAGCACGUCGUGACGGACUUGAGCAAGCUCAUCAUAUCCGGCCAACUUCAUGCAAAGACCCAAGUGGAGAUCACCGAGAGCAAUGGAAAGCUCUCGUUUGCUGUCUCGCAGUCUAUGGACACCGACGUUGACAUGGCGCUAUAA